AUGCCAUCAAAAUCACGUGGUUUACACCAAUAUCUUACAAGGAGAGAAGAGUACUAUGUGAUUAUAUUAGGACUUGAUAAUGCUGGUAAAACGACACUUUUAGAACGUGUUAAAUCGUUAUUUCUUGGAGUCACUGGUUUAUCGCCGGACAAAAUUGCACCAACUGUUGGUUUAAAUAUUGGAAAAAUUGAUAUAAAUAGAUCAAGAUUAAUUUUUUGGGAUUUAGGGGGACAAGAAGAACUUCACAACAUAUGGGAAAAAUAUUACAGUGAAUGUCAUGGUAUUAUAUUUGUAGUGGAUUCAAUUGACAAAAAAAGAAUUGAACGAUUAGAAGGUGUGCCAGUAUUAAUGCUGGCCAAUAAACAAGAUAUACCUAAUGCUCUUAAAGUUGAGGAAAUUAAAGAAAUUUUCAAUAAAAUUGCUUUAAAAUUAGGAGCAAGAGAUUCAAGAGUUUUACCAAUUUCUGCUUUAGAAGGAAUCGGGGUAAGAGAAGCAAUAGAUUGGUUAUUCAUAAGAAUACAAC